AUCAUGCAGUAGGCGGAUUGUUUUGGUUUGAUCAAGAGCACGUUGUUUCGUUGUUCGCGAGAAUCCGUUUGAUAAGCUGUGAAAAUGCCGAAGUCCAGAAGAGAUAAGAAAGUCUCCCUCACCAAAACGGACCGGAAGGGAUUGUCGGAAAAACAGCAGAUCAUCGAAGAGAUUCAGACGUGCCGCCAGAAAUACGAGAACGUGUUCCUUUUCACCGUUCAAAACAUGCGCAACAGCAAGCUGAAAGAGAUUCGCACCAAGUGGAAAAACUCGCGGUUCUUCUUCGGGAAAAACCGCGUCAUGCAGCUGGGACUGAAGCUGAUCAGUGAUGAGGACAAACCGGGAAAACUGGAGGCCGGCAUGGAGCUGCUGCGAGAACAGAUGGUUGGGCAGUGCGGGCUGCUGUUCACUUCCGAGACAAAAGAAACUGUGUUGGACUGGUUUGACUCGUACGUCGUUGAUGAGUACGCCCGGAGUGGUUUCCGGGCCACCCAAACGAUCAAGCUCGAGGCAGGGCCUUUGGAAGAGUUCUCGCAUGCCAUGGAGCCGCAUCUUCGAUCGCUGGGAAUGCCCACCAAGCUCGACCGUGGAGUGGUGACGCUGUACAAAGAGUACACGGUAUGCGAGAAGAACAAAGUUCUCACUCCGGAACAGGCUCGAAUUUUAAAGCUUCUCGGCAAGCCAAUGGCCAAAUUGAAGAUCAUCAUCAAUUGUUGCUACACCGCAAAGGGGUUCGAAGUUAUCAACAGUCGAAAUGCAGAACCGAAGAAAAAAUCCAAAACAUUUUCUACCGGCACUGCCGAAGAGGAUACUGAUGACGAUGAAGAUGACGAAGAUAGCGAAAUGGAAUUGGAUGAAGACGAAGCAAAUCCAGCAGUCCACGCAGCCCAACACAGCAAAUUUCAAAAAAAUGCCGCGGUCAUAUAAAAAUAGUUUAUUCCAUCACAUUCCGGUUUGUUCUUCGGCUACAACAAUAAAGAUAUCUUUUAACACAUUA